AUGAGAAAUAGAUAUGAGGGAUGGGAGCAACCUUUGUUUUCGCUGAUCGAUCCUUCUUCUAGAGAGAGGAAAAUGGUGGGUUCUGCGAAUGGCGCGACGGACUUGUCAUCAGAGAUGGAGGUUGAUGCUUUCAGAAGACUUUUUCCUCUACGAUUUCACGAGCGCCAUUUGCUCGAGUCCGUAAGGCCCGAUGCCAGGUCACUUGGUAAAGCCAGAGAAACGUCAUUGGCUUUAGGGGCAGUGGCAUCUGCAGAUGGAUCAGCACUAGCAAAGAUAGGCUGCACUACUAUGUUAGCUGCCAUUAAAAUGGAAGUCAUGACACCUUCAAAGGAAGCACCUGAUGAAGGCUGUGUAGCCAUAGAUUUCCACAUGCCUCCAAUUUGUUCUCCUAUUGUUAGGCCUGGAAGACCUGCUGAAGCUGCACCUGUUGUGUCCAAGCAGUUAUCCGACACUAUCAUUAGUUCUGGGAUGAUUGAUCUAAAAGAGUUGUCAUUGGUCAGUGGCAAAGCUGCUUGGAUGGCAUACCUGGAUAUAUACUGUUUGGAUGCUGAUGGUGCACUAUUUGAUGCUGCCCUACUUGCUGCAGCUGCUGCUUUCUCCCAUUUGCAAAUUCCGGUGGUGUCAUUGAAUGAUGAUGGAAGAAUUGUGGUUGUUUCCAAGGAAAAUGGAGAGAAGGCAAAAAACAAACCAGUGAAUGAGGAGAAGAGAAAGCUUAAAUUGAGAAGCAUUCCAUUUGCAUUAAGUUGCAUACUUCACAAGAAUUACAUCUUGGCUGAUCCAACGGCUGAGGAAGAAUCCAUCAUGGAUACAUUGAUCACAAUCGUAUUGGACACAUCAUGUCAACUCGUCUCUCUUUAUAAGCCAGGUGGUCCUGCUCUUGCCUAUGAGUCUGUUCUCCAGGAUUGUAUUGCAUUGUCAAGACAAAGAGUGAAAGAGCUUCAGAAAAUACUGAAUGAAGCCAUUCUUGAUAUGGAUGUGGAUUAACUUUCAACCAAAAGGUUUCCUAAGCAUCUUUAUUACUUGUUCUUUCUUUUAGUUUUUUUUUUGUUAUGUAAUUUCUUUUCCCAGAGCUUUAAAUUUUGGAAUGUGGUUUAGGUAUAGACUUUUAUGGUCAACUAUGGCUUGCAACGUGUUGAAACUCCAUUUUUCCUUCUUACAUGCUUUUAAUCUGGAUAAAUGAUAGAUUAAAAAUAUAUAGCUUUUGAUGUUCUUGUUAAGUCGUUUUUUAAAAAAAAAAACUACGUGUAAAGGGACUUUUCUAAAACUAACAGAUUUUACUGCAUUCCAAC